AUGGCACAGUAUACUUUCAUCUUUGCAUCCAAAAAGAGAUCUGCUCCAAAAAUGUACCAUAACUUCGUACUGGUAUUGCUGCUGCUGGCCUCCGGCCUCUGUCUGAUCAAUGGUCUAGGCAAUUCAGGUGGCAACGACUAUACAUGGGGCACCAAAACCACAGCUUCAACACUCAUCGCCGACGUGAUUGUCACCAAAACGAAGAGUCUCAUGUCGACGACGACCCAAACGUACGCGCUGACCCAGUCUGGCACAGCUCUUACCAUCACCUACAUUCAGAUAACGGAUCUGAAGAAAAUGCGAGGUGCCACAGCAGCAAUCACAUCCGGCGGAGUGGGAUCCACAACAGUGGAUGUCACUUUCACAUCGGCACGGGGAGCCAGCAUUAAGUCAAGAAUUCAAAUAUGGGGAACUUCAUAAAA